CAUGUUUCAACAGACGACUAAUUACAGAAAGCGUGACCGUGAUCGUUGCAACUGGUCCUCCUGAGUUAUAUUCCUUUCAUUUCACCUUCGAAAGCAAUGGCUUUUCACUCUGCAAUUCAUUGAGUCGAUGUCACAGUUGUUCACUGUACGCCGUCAAGAAGACCGUAAUAAAGGAGCAAGACGCUCAGUUUCCUGGCUCAUGAAUAAAUGAGUUUGGCUUGCUGUUGACCUGCGUUAACAUACCUAUAGUAUCCAACACGUAGCGAUAACAGUACAGUGAAAAGCCAUAUCAGCAGUUGGUGCAAGAAAGAACCACAACGCAGCGAUGGACAACGCCCAAGAAGAAAUGGCUUACUCCGAAGCCAAAGCAUCAUCGAAGGCAUCAUCCAAACACUCAUCCAUAUUGUCCUCAAAGUCAAGUGUACUAGAAGCAGCCAUCUUGGCAAGAGCCUCUGCAGAAGCUACAAAUGCUAAAGCUUCAUACAGAAAAAAACAAUUGGAAAUCAAGAAACAACAAGCCAAACUGGAAUUGGAAAAAGCAACAUUAGAGGCAGAUCUAGAUCUGCUGGAGAUGGAGAAGGAAGUGGCAGCCGCUACAGCAAAAGCAGAAGUCCUAGAAGCAGCUGUAGCGAUCGAACAUGGCAAAGCUGAAAGCGUCAAGAGUGCAGUCCCACUACAAGCAGUAAGAGAACGAACUAUGGAGUACGUGCAACACCAGACCCAGCUGAAGUCAGUUCAACCGGCAAGGACACAAUCGUUCACCUCAAGGACACCCGAACAACACCGCUCUCCUCCGGUACGCAAGAAAACUUCUGUAAAGGAUGAAACACCUGACAUACCAAGAGACUAUGUGAAGCAUAGCUACCACGCUUCCCCCAAUAAUGAUCCACCCAUGGCAGACUUUGCUAAGUUCCUUGCACGCAGAGAGUUAAUCACAAUGGGGCUAUUUCAGUUUGACGACACCCCAGAAAACUUUAGAGCAUGGCAGUCGUCAUUCAUAAAUGCAACCGGAAAUGUUGGCCUCACAUGCAGUCAGGAGUUAGAUCUCCUAGUCAAGUGGCUCGGUAAAGAGUCCUCAGAACACGUGAAGAGAAUCAGAGCUGUAUAUACCACUAACCCACAAGCAGCCCUCCAGGUGUCCUGGGACAGGCUCCAAGAGUGUUACGCUACACCAGAAGUAGUGGAAAACGCCCUCUUUAAAAAAUUGGACAACUUCCUUCGCCUUACAGAGACGACCUAAAACUCAGGGAGCUCUGAGAUCUGCUCUUGGAGCUACAAGUUGCUAAAGAUGAGACUUAUCUCCCUGGCCUUGCUUACCUCGACACACCCCGUGGUGUUAAGCCCAUAGUUGAAAAGUUGCCUCUAAGUCUCCAAGAAAGAUGGCUUCACACAGGCUCAAAAUACAAACAACUAUAUGACGUGUCGUUCCCUCCCUUCGCAUAUUUUGUCAAGUUUGUCCAAGAUGAGGCUAAAGCAAGAAACGAUCCAAGUUUUGCCAUCUGCAGCAGUCAACCCUUCCCCAAAGGUGAGAGACCACCAUACAAACAACCUAUAUACAAAACACCUCUUACAGUAAACAAAACAGAGGUUGACACAGCCACUCUAGAUAAUACAGAGGAGGAUGAUUUAACACGCUACUGCCCCGUUCAUAAUAAAUCACAUCCUCUGGCUAAAUGGAGAGCAUUCCGGACCAAACCACUACAAGAAAGGAGGAACAUACUCAAGGAAUACAGAAGAUGUUUCCGCUGCUGUUCUCCCCUUCAUCAAAUAAAGGACUGCAACAUGAAAUUAAACUGCGAGGAGUGUCACAGCGAAAAACACUGCUGCGUCAUGCAUCCUGAGUCAAGUCAACAACUUUAGCCGGAAAACGCGCCGGAACCAAAGCCUCAGCUCCAAGACAACACACCACCAGAGGUAACGUCACGGUGCACUGAGAUCUGUGGUAAAGGCAGUCCGCCGCGCUCUUGCUCGAAGGUAUGUCUCGUUCGUGUUUUCCCAAAAGACCAGCCAGAACGAUCCGUUAAGA